UCCAUCUCUAGUCAAAGUCCACUUGUAUAUUUAGCUGCAUCAGCAAUGGUUCUUGCAGCGUUGAUCACAGCUGCGGCCUCAGUGCCACGGAGCUUCCUGGUCUGCGGUCUCCUGGGCCUUGUGCUGCUGUGGCAGGGCGGCCGGCUGCUGGACAAGCUGUGGUGGCGGCCGCGGCGGCUGGAGCGAGCUCUGCGCGCGCAGGGCCUCCGCGGCACGUCGUACCGCUUCCUCACCGGCGAUAUCAAGGAGUUCGGCCGGCUCAAUGAGGAGGCCUGGUGUAGGCCGCUGCCGCUGGGGUGCCACGAUAUCGUCCCCCGCGUCACGCCGUUCCUCUACAACAACGUCCGGGAGCACGGCAAGACGUGCUUUUCUUGGUUCGGCCCGAUGCCCAAUGUGACCAUCACCGACCCGGCGUUUGUGAAGGACGUGCUCUCCAAUAAGUUCGGCCACUUCGAGAAGCCCCAGUUCCCGGCUUUGACGAAGUUGCUCUCGGACGGCCUCACGAGCCACGACGGCGAGAAAUGGGUGAAGCACAGGAGGAUCCUCAACCCUGCAUUCCAUCUCGAGAAGCUCAAGCUCAUGCUGCCGGCGUUUUCUGCGUCCUGCGAAGAGCUUGUCAGCAGAUGGACGCAGUCCCUUGGUUCUGACGGUUCAUGCGAGCUGGAUGUCUGGCCGGAGCUCCAGACCCUCACUGGAGAUGUCAUUGCCCGCACCGCAUUCGGGAGUAACUACCUUGAAGGAAGGAGGAUUUUCGAGCUCCAGGCCGAGCAAGCUGAGCGGUUCAUAGGCGCCAUUCAGAAGAUUGUCAUUCCAGGUUACAUGUAUUUGCCUACGAAAAAUAAUAAAAGGAUGCGCCAAAUCAAUAAGGAGGUCAACUUGAUUUUACGAGGUCUAAUUGGAAAAAGAAUUCAAGCUAUGAACGAAGGUGAAAGCACCAACGAUGAUCUGUUGGGCUUACUGCUAGAGUCAAAUAUGAGGGGCACAGAUGAGAGUGGCCAAUCCAGCCUGGGAAUGACCAUCGAAGAUGUCAUCGAGGAGUGCAAGUUGUUCUACUUUGCAGGAAUGGAGACAACGUCGGUGCUGCUGACAUGGACAAUGGUCUUGCUAAGCAUGCACCCGGAGUGGCAGGACCGUGCGAGGGAGGAAGUGAUAGGCCUGUUUGGGAAAAACAAACCAGAAUACGAGGGAUUGAGCCGACUGAAAACCUUGACAAUGAUCCUUCACGAGGUUCUCCGAUUGUACCCGCCGGCCAUUGUGUUCAGCCGAAAAACUUACAAGGAGAUGAAGAUCGGAGGCGUCACGUACCCUGCCGGUGUGAUUGUGGAACUGCCCGUUCUGUUCAUCCACCAUGACUCAGAUACAUGGGGAAGCGACGUGCACGAGUUCAGGCCGGACAGGUUCGCCGAGGGGAUCUCCAAAGCGUCCAGGGAUCCGGGUGCAUUUCUCCCAUUUGGAUGGGGGCCGCGCAUAUGCAUCGGCCAAAACUUCGCGCUUCUUGAGGCCAAGAUGGCGUUGUGCAUGAUCCUUCAGCAAUUUGAGUUUCAGCUCGCGCCAUCGUAUUCUCAUGCACCACAUACGGUGAUGACAUUGCAUCCGAUGCACGGUGCGCAGAUUAAGCUGAGGGCACUCUGAUUAUAGGACAAUUGAAUACCUAUCGGCUAUGUUCACAAAUUACUUGUAAU